CCGAUUCGUCAGCCGUGUGUGUACCUAUGUGUGACCUUGCACUGCCGAGGACAGCAGGCCCGUCGCGGCCGGCCGCUAUAAAGGCCGCCGCCGGCCGUCCACCGACACAGUAUCGCUCACCUCACCUCUCCACUCACAUCAUGAAGCUGCUGGUUCUGACAGCCGCCAUGCUGGCCGUGACCCUGGCCGAUGGAGGUCACGGUUACCAUGGUUACCAGACCGAGCACGUCGGCUACCAGAAGGUGCGCACCGUGGUCAAACACCACCCGUACCCGGUGGUGAAGCGCGUGCCCUACGAGGUCGUCAAGCCGGUGCCCGUCUACCGUCCCGUCUACAACACCGUCUACAAAAAGGUGCCCCAGCCGUAUCAGGUCGUCAAGCACGUGCCCGUCGUCAAGCACGUGCCAGUGGUGAAGCACGUGCCGGUGGUGAAGCACGUGGAGCUGGUGAAGCACUACCCGGUGGUGAAGCACCACUACCGCGAGGAGAAGGUGCCCGUCAAGGUGCCCGUCUACGUCGAGAAGCCCAAGUACGGACACACCCAUCACUAAUCAUUAGAAGUGAGCACCAUUGAUAUUGUAGCUCAGGCUGAAUGUUAACAUUUGCACGAGUUACCAUGCUAAAGAAGAAAAUAAACUGCUGCCUAUAUCAUUAUGAUGUGUGCCGGACAA